AUGCGGAGAGCUCCAGCCACGCCCCUCGCCAACCCGGCAAUUGAAGACACGCCGAUGUUGUCAGCAUUCACCGCGCGGCCCCUGGUCGAGCUCAAGCCGCGCGACAAGUCCCGCAUCGACUCCGUCCUCGCAUAUGGCGACCGCCUUCUCGCCGGCCUCAACAAUGGCAACCUCCGCAUCUACCGCGUUGACGAAGGCCGCACCGAGCUCCUCCGCGAACUGGAGCGUUUCUCCCGCUACAAGAUCGAGCAGCUGGCCUUGAUCAAAGAGGCCAAUGUGCUGGUCUCGCUCGCCGGUGGCUAUGUCUCACUACAUGACGCCCAGUCUUAUGAUCUCAUUGAGCAGCUUUCCCAGACGAAAGGUGCCUCCGCGUUCGCUAUCACGUCCAAUGUCGUCAAUGACCCCGAUACCAACGUCCCGGCGAUCGUUUCUCGAUUGGCUGUCGCAGUCAAGAGGAAAAUAUUCAUGUGGGCGUGGCGGGACAUGGAGCUUGAGCGAGAUACCGUGGAGCUGAGUCUGACUAGCGGUGUCAAGACCCUUACCUGGGUUGCGGCUACGAGGCUAGUUGUUGGGUUGAACUCGAGCUUUGUCAUGGUCAAUGUGGAGAACGGUCAAGUCACCGAUCUUGCGGGGCCUGGGAGUAUCGAGGAGUCAGGUCGAUUUACGGGUGUCGGUGCGGCGAGUAUGAGCUAUAUUGGCAUGGGCGGCAUGGUGCCGCGACCACUUGCUACUCGGCUGCGAGAGGGUCAGAUUCUCCUGGCGAAGGACGUUAAUACAAAUUUCAUCGAUGUUGAUGGUCAGCCGCUGGGAAGGAAGCAGGUUCCCUGGAGUCAUGCUCCUGUUGAGUUGGGAUACUCAUAUCCGUUCCUUUUGGCUUUGCACGAUUCCGCCAAAGGGGUGUUGGAGGUACGCAAUCCAGAGACUUUGUCUUUACUGCAGUCUAUUUCACUGCCCUCGGCGAGCAUCUUGCACAUUCCGCAGCCGAACAUCAGCCUCGCGCACGCUGGCAAGGGCUUCCUGGUAGCCAGCGAUCGUACCAUAUGGCGCAUGGAGGCUUUGAGUUACGAUACCCAAAUUGAUGCACUGGUGGAGCAGGGCUAUUUGGACGAGGCUAUCAGCCUGCUCGGUAUGCUGGAGGAUGCUCUGCUACGAGACAAGGCUGGUCGACUGCGUUCGACCAAGCUAGAGAAAGCCCAGAGCUUGUUUGCUCUGAGCAAGUAUCGUGAUUCUUUGGACCUGUUCACUGAAGUCUCUGCCCCUCCAGAGAGCGUCAUUCGCCUCUACCCACGACUGAUUGCGGGCGAUCUUUCUGCGGUCCCAGAGCCCGAUGUGCCAAAUGGAAAGGCGAACGGUGAUCAAAGUGACGGGUCAUCUGAUGACGCUGCACCUGGCCAGACCUCCACCAACGCACCCUCCGUUAUAUCUUCGUUGCGAAAGCCUGACGAGGGUAGUGAGUCCAGUAGCACCCGGGGUGACGAAAAAGGGUUGAGGAUUGCCGUGCGCGAGCUACAGGGAUAUCUGGCCGAUGUGCGUCGACGGUUCCAGCGCUUCCUCAACCCCGAUGGCUCUCUUAAAGCAACCGCGACUACGGGGGCCAAAGAUGAAGCAAGCGAUUCCGUUCUCAAAUUGUUGGAUUUCCCAUCGUCCGAUGAGUUUUCUGCCCAAAUCCGCGAGAAGGCUCGGAUGGUAGACACCACUCUCUUCCGCGCGCACAUGUUUGCGACUCCAUCGUUGGCCGGUUCCCUCUUCCGCAUUGCCAAUUUCUGUGAUCCAGAAGUGGUGAUGGAAAGGCUAGAGGAAACAGGCAGAUACAAUGAUCUCAUUGAUUUCCUAUAUGGCAAGAAGCUACAUCGGCAAGCCCUCGAGCUCCUCAAACGCUUUGGCCGGACAGACAACGGUCCUCUAAGCGGCCCCACGCGCACAAUUGCCUAUCUCCAAAACCUCCCACCGGAUCAGAUUGAUCUGAUUAUUGAGUUCGGCGAGUGGCCAUUGCGUGCGAAUCACGAGUUAGGCUUGGAGAUCUUCCUCACUGAUACCGAGAAUGCGGAGACACUGCCUCGCCCGAAAGUCCUUACCUUCCUUGAAAGUAUCGAUGCUACUCUUGCCAUCCAGUACCUUGAGCAUGUCAUUCAUGAAUGGAAUGAUUUGACGCCAGACAUACAUCAACGAUUGCUCGUCUUAUAUCUAGAUCAGCUUGUUCUGAACAAAUGGGAAUGGAAAGACAAAUUCCUUACGAUGUUGAAGGAGAGCGAGCAAUACUCACCGGCAAAGAUGCUAGACCGACUUGAUCGAGAAGAUCCAAACUUCUACGAAGCCCGAGCUAUUCUUUUCAGCAAAAUGGGCCAGCACCGGCAAGCACUUGAAAUCUACGUCUUCAAGCUCGAGAAUCACGAAAAAGCUGAAGAAUACUGUAAUCACGUCCACCUUGCCGAAAAGCCCGAAGAAGAGAACACGAUCUACCUCACCCUCCUCUCCCUCUACCUCUCCCCGCCACAUGGAUAUACCCCUCAGAACGAUCCUGCAAUAGAUCUUCUCGCCAAACAUGGCUCCCGACUGCCCGCUGACGCAGCCCUCAAACUGAUCCCAGACCAACAGGCUGUGCAGAAACUGGAGUUCUACUUCAAGGGUCGCAUGCGUGCCGCGAACUCGAGUUUCAACGAAGCGCGCAUUGUUGCCAACCUCCGCAAAGCAAGAGAUAUGCAGAUUCAGGCACAAUUGGCACUUGGCGAUGGCGUCAAGGGUGGUGGCACACGUGCAAGACAUGUCACUGUGACCGAGGAACGCAUUUGUGGAGUUUGUCAUAAACGACUCGGCGGGAGUGUUAUCAACGUUUUCCCUGAGUAUGUCUACCCCGCUUCUGUGAUUGUUCUCGCUGACUUUCUAGUAACACCGUUGUUCAUCUGGGCUGUGCGAAUCGGAGAUCAAGUGCACUUCGGUAGUGUGUGUGCUUUCGUGUUUUUGUUUUCGGUUCGCCUCUUUUCUAUCGUCGUCGACUUUGAUACCCAUAGCAUCUUUAUUCUUCCCCCAGGUCUUGUUCCUCAUGCCUCUUCAACAACCUCUUCGCCGUAG